AUGCUGUCUCAGCUUCUUGUCAUCGGCGCCUUCCUGUCUUCAGCGUUCGGCAAGGAUAUCCACCUUAUUGUGCAGCCAACGGGAUCUGACAAUAAUGACGGGUUGACCCAUCCUCUGAAGACGUUAGAGAAAGCAAUUGCUCGGUUAGACGACGUCGAUGUGAAGGGGAAUAGAGUUUUCAUUGAACUGCGCAAAGGAUACUACGAUUUGUCCCAGACAAUCUCCUUGACAAAGAAGUAUGGGUUCCAUGUCACAAUACGUUCAUUUUACAACAAGGAGCAAGCCCAUGUGGUGCGUCAGUUGAGGUUUGCAGAUGCCGGUAUCACCGUCCCACAGCUCGGUGUCACGUCACGUUUCGGGUUUUAUAAAUCCCGAGAGGCACCCAUGGAGAUUUUCUACAACAGUAAGCCUCUCCGUGUUGCACGAUGGCCUAAUGAUGGCUCCUAUAUCAACGUCGUGUCUGUUCCGGAUGGGAGAGAAGGGAAAAGGUUUGGAUACGCAAGUACGGUAGGCAACCGAGCGGAGAAAUGGAAGCAGGAAUCGGACCUGUGGGUGUACGGAUUUUGGUAUUGGAGUUGGGCGGACGACGCCGGCAAGGUCGCUAGCAUUGACACGUCUAAGCGACUCAUUACUUUGGAAACAACUACUCGCUACGGAUUCCGGACAGGACACUACCAAAUGGGCGCUCAUGCCGGCUACAGUCAGCAGGGAGGAUAUUUCAGCGUUUUUAACGCGCUCUCCGAGUUGGACCAGCCAGGAGAGUAUUACAUAGACAGAACAUCCGGUAUUCUGUACUUGUGGCCGCCGGAACACAACGGUGUUGUGUCCACGAAUGACGUCAUCUACGGCUCAAUGAUCAACACAUUGUUCCAGAUGUCGGGCGCGUCGAACAUCGUUUUCCAAGACUUGAUUUUCGAAAACACGCGUCACUAUGGCGUUGAUGGAUCACAUUUAUCAUCGUGUAGUUUUGAACGGAUCGAAAUACGAAACACAGGUUCGUAUGGUAUGCACCUGUCGGGGUCUAAUGUGACAAUUCGACAAUGUGAUAUUCACGACACAGAUGGUGGAUUAUCGAUCAAUGGUGGAGACAGGCGAACGCUGACAUCGUCUGGUCAUGUCAUCGAGAACAAUCGAAUCUUUGAGUUUUCCCGCGUCACUGCUGUGGGAAUGCAUGGUGUGAACAUAGCUGGUGUGGGAAUUACCAUCCAGCACAAUGAAAUCUCCCACGGUCCUUAUACUGGCAUUAUGUGGAAGGGUAAUGAUCACGUGAUUCGCCGGAACCACCUCCACAAUCUGUGUACAGGGACCAGUGACUGCGGAGCCAUCCAUUCUGGCAGGGACUGGACAUUUAGAGGUAACGUGAUCAAGGAGAAUCAUAUCCAUCACGUGCUUAGGUUCUUGCCAGGAGCUGAGGUCCGUGGUGUGAUGCUGGACGACCAAUACUCCAGUGUUCUCAUCGAGGGCAACGUUUUCUACGAGAACGAGGUUCACUUCAACAUAGGGGGCGGUCGGGACAACAUUGCUCGCUAUAACGUGUUCCUCAAUCCCCACUCAACGGUGAUCGACGUGGACGGGAGGGGCAUCAACGGGCACAGCAACGACAAAACCCUCCAUGACACACUUGUGGCCCUGCCAUAUAAAACUGGUAUUUGGGCACAAAAGUACCCAGCAUUGGCUCGAAUUGAUCAAGGUCACCCAGGGGCUCCUGAAGGUAAUCAAAUCUACAAGAACAUGAUCAUCCGUGGCAGCCGCCACUUGAUCAACUACCAUGGGGCAUUCCUACAAAAAACAGAGUAUUUCAACUUACAUGAUAACUAUGAGACUGAUCAUGUCAAUGAAUUUAACAACUUCCAUGCUGGUGACUUCCGGUUUGUGUGCGGCGCUGGAGACUGGGCCCAGCAGAAAGGAGUGCCCCAACCCCCGACUAUGGCCGAUGUGGGGCCCCAUCUGCCAGUCGGGCCCUCGUAUAAAGGAAGUGAGUCUGUUUGA